CACCAGCCAGAACUUUGACAAUCGCUACGACUACGUGGUCUGUGAGGAGGGCGAGGAGGUGACCUGCGCCCCUGCACCCGACGAGUUCAACCCGUGUGAGGACAUCAUGGGCUUCAGCUUCCUGCGUGUGUCUGUGUGGUUUGUGUCUCUGCUGGCUGUAGUAGGUAACAUGGUGGUGCUACUGGUCCUCCUCACCUCCCACUACAAGCUCUCCGUCUCACGUUUCCUCAUGUGUCACCUGGCCUUUGCUGACCUCUGCAUGGGGAUAUAUCUCCUCCUCAUCGCCUCAGUGGACCUUCACACCAAGAUGGAGUACUACAACCACGCCAUCGACUGGCAGACGGGGCCAGGUUGCGGGUUGGCGGGGUUCCUCACGGUGUUCGCCAGCGAGCUGUCGGUUUAUACGCUGACAGUGAUUACGCUAGAGAGGUGGUACGCAAUAACGUUCGCCAUGAGGCUGGACAGGAAGUUACGUCUGCCCCACGCCACUGCUGUGAUGCUGGCUGGAUGGUUUUUCUGCCUCCUCCUAGCGAUGCUCCCCCUAGUGGGGGUUAGCAGCUACCAGAAGGUAAGUAUCUGCCUGCCCAUGGAUAUCCAGUCCACCAUGGCCCAGGUCUACAUCAUCUCAGUCUUGAUCCUAAACAUCCUGGCAUUCCUGGUGAUCUGUACCUGUUACAUGAAGAUCUACUGCGCUGUGCACAACCCUUACUACUGCUCAGGGUCUAAAGACACCAACAUUGCCAAACGCAUGGCCAUCCUCAUCUUCACUGACUUCCUGUGUAUGGCGCCCAUCUCGUUUUACGCCAUGUCAGCCGUUGUGGACCGGCCACUUAUCACCGUGUCCAACUCUAAGAUCCUACUGGUGCUCUUCUACCCUCUCAACUCCUGUGCCAACCCCUUCCUGUACGCCAUCUUCACCAAGGCUUUCAGGGGGGAUGUCUUUAUCCUGCUCAGUAAGGUGGGACUGUGCCAGCGUCGGGCGCAGCUCUUCAGAGGGCAAGCAGUCAGUUCGAAGGGUAUCAGUAGGGUGUGCCAGCAGGUCCAUGGGCGGAAAAAGAGAGACACUGACAGGGAGAGGACAGGAGGACCAGAUGAGGUACCCAUUCACCUGCAGGAGUAUUCUGGGUCUGGUCACACCUACAUUCAGCUGGCCUCACAACAGCCCAGUCCUGAGGAAAGCCGUAGCCUGGAAACGUGAGCCCUAACUCAGCUGGGGGAGAUCAGAGAAGACCAUGGUGGUCCCAGUGGCGGUUUGGUUGGUUAGGGGAGAGGAGCCACAGUGAAAUGAAAACGGGAAGUGUUGCAGUCGGAGGUUAGAAGUGAACUGCUGGGAUACUUUACUCUGCACUUUUACACGUGUUUGAAUGUUUUCAUCAUUUCAACUGUGAUAUUGUUUUUACAAUUAAUAUACCAUCUGUUGCAGAAUAUUACGUGUCGGUGAGAUAUUCUUGUCAAUUGCACCGGAACUUCUUUAGGAUAUGAUAUCCUAUUUUGGCACUUCUGUUGUUGUUAAUUCUAAACACUCUAAUUCUAAAGAUUAAGUGGGUGUUGAAACUGUUGCUAAAUAUCAGUUUCAUCAGAAAGCAAAGUUUAUUUACACAUUUGAUUAAAUUUGAGAUGAACCAAAAUUGGGUCCAAAAACAAAUAAUCUCUGGUGGAUUAUGGUUAUCAUUGAUAUGUCACAUUUAUUCAAUUGAUUAUUCAUACAUACCAUACCAAAAAUGAUAUAUUUAUUUUACAGUAACUGGGACUCUAAAAUAUUUUCACUACUUACAGAGCUAAAGAAACAGGAGAACUUUGACAUGGGUCUGAAAUGUGAUAUUUUAAUCCUCAAACUUCAAACGUUGAAAGUGAAAAGUACCAGAGAUUCCUGUGAGACACCUGGAUAUUGUCCUGGUACUGUAUUACAGAUCAGCCCCAGUGCGAUUUAAAAACUACACCCGACUUCAGACAGGGAAAUACUGCAUUUCUAAAUGCUCCACAAUAGCUGUGUACACUGAGUAUACAAAACAUUAGGAACCGAAUAUUGAGUUGCACCCCCCACCCCUUUUGCCUUCAGAACAGCCUGAAUUCAUCGGGGCAUAUUGGACUCUACAAGAUGUUGAAAGCGUUCUACAGGGAUGCUGGCCCACGUUGACUCCAAUGCUUCACACAGUUGUGUCAAGUUGGCUGGAUGUCCUUUGGGUGGUGGACCAUUCUUGAUACACACGGGAAACUUAGUAUAAAAAGCUCAGCAGCGUUGCAGUUCUUGACACACUCAAACCGGUGUGCCUGGCACCUACUAUCGUACCCUGUUCAAAGGCACUUAAAUAUUUUGUCUUGCCCAUUCACCCUCUGAAUGGCACAAUUACACAAUCCAUGUCUCAAUUGUCUCCAGGCUUAAAAAUAAUCUACACUGAUUUGAAGUGGAUUUAACAAGUGACAUCAAUAAGGGAUCAUAGCUUUCACCUGGAUUCACCUGGUCAGUCUAUGUCAUGGAAAGAGCAGGUGUCCUUAAUGUUUUGUACACAGUGUGUGUGUA